CAGUAAUAGAAUUUGCAUGAGAAAAGCCUAAGUAGCUUCCAUAUACACUUACAUUCCAAUAUAUAUUGAAUAUUUGACAAAAAGUGAAUCUUGAAGCGUAAAUGGAAGGAGACAGUCAAUAUAACAUUGUUACAAUUGUUGCUGAUCUGAGAAAUUUUAUCAAAAUUAGAAAUGAAACCGAAAAAAGCAAAAAUACUGAUGUCAUGCAAAUAUUGGAUUCUUUGAUUAAGGAAAAUUCAAUCCAAGAAGUAAUAGACCUCCUUCCUAAUGAUACUAUUUUAAUGUUGUUGAGGGACAAAUCUAAAGAAAUUGUUGCACAAACAGCAAAAGCUAUUGCAGAAAUGACCAAAACUAAUAAGGGAAGAGAAAAAUAUACAAAUACAGAUAUAGUAGAAACGUUAAUGGAAUUAUUGAAAGAAGACAACAUCAAUAUAUUGAUACAAACUUCUAGAGCUCUUGGGAAUAUAUGUUAUGAAAAUAAAAAUGGAAAAGUUAUGAUUAAGGAAAAAGAUGGCUUAAAAUAUAUUUUACAAAUGUUGAAAAAAGCAACCGAUUUAAAAGAUACCGAAAGUGCCGAUACGUUAAGAAAAGUGGCAAGUGGAUUACUAUGGAAUUUUCUUGUAGAUCAAGAAUCCUUGCAACAACAGGCAUUAGAAGAGAACAUCGUUCAAGUUCUUUGUAACAUACUAGAAAUCGACGGUGCUACUGCAGAGGAAACAAUCACACAUGUUUUAUUGACAUUGGGCGUAUUAAAUGAUGCUAAUGUAACAUUUUUGGAUAAAAAAUUAAUUAAAAUUAUAGUAAACAUAUUAAGUAAUAGUACAUCUCUGGAAAUAUCUGAAAUGUGUUUAGAACUUCUCUAUGAUCAAGCUGAUGACGAUGAGAUUAAACUAUUCCUUACAGAAGCAAACAUUCCUGAAUUACUUUUAAAGCUUAUAAAAACUCAUGGACCACAAUGUACAAGUGAAGAAACAAGAUCUGUUCUUAAAGUUGCAUGUAAUUUAAUUGUUUUGAUAUUAACAGGAGAUAAUAGUAUGAACAUAUUAUAUGAUAAUGGUAAAGGUACAGUUUACAACAAUUUUGUCAAAUGGUUAGAUAGCAAUGACGAAGAUUUUCAAGUAACGGCUGUAUUAGCUAUGGGAAAUUUUGCACGCACAUACACCCAUUGUAAGCUAAUGGUAGAACAGGAUAUUCAUAAGAAGUUAUUACAAUUAAUUCAGAAAAAUGAUAGCAAAAAUAGUGAUAUUAGAUUUCAGCAUGCCUUACUGAGUGCUCUUCAUAAUCUUGUCAUUCCGAUUGAUAAUAAACCUAUUAUAUUAAAGGAUGGUUUAAUUGACAUUUUAUACCCUAUGUUGGAUAUACCAACUUUUCCAAUAGUAUUCAAAUUAUUGGGAACUCUGAGAAUUGUAAUCGAUGGACAAAAGGAAGCUGCUAUAUCUUUAGGGAAAAAAGAAGAUCUUAUUAAAAGAACCGUGGUAUGGUGUGGUACAGAUGAUCACCCAGGAGUACAAGGUGAAGCUCAUCGUUUACUUGCAUGGCUAAUUAAUAAUAGCAAAGAUAAAGAUGUUGCUCUGAUAAUUAUCAAAUAUAGUGGUACUCAAUAUCUGAUAAAAAUGAUAUUAGCAGAACAUGCUUUAAUGCAAAAUGAAGCUAUUUUAAGUUUAACUUAUUUAGCUACUAUCUGUCCAAUAGAAUUGAAAGAUGCUCUUAUUGAAAAUAACAUUGGAAAUGUUAUAUGUACGUUUUUUAAAGAAAGUGCUUCUAAAUUAGAAUUGCCCAUUAUUUGUAAUAUGUUCUCUUUUAUUGACAGUAUUAUUAAAUCAGAUAUUAUUAAACAACAUCUAAACAAUACUGCAGGAUUAAAAACAGCAUUGAAGAAUGUACUUGAUUACAAAUAUGUUGAUUCUACUUUGAAAGAGAAAAUUAAUGUUAUAUCGAAUACUAUUGAUGCUGAUACUUAAUUAAAUUAAUAAAAUUGUGAAUAUGGUU